AUGCGAUGGAAAGGCCAGAUUGAAGCCCAAAAAUGGCCAGGAAUAUCGCAAUUAAAACAGCGCAUUUUUGAGCUGAAAAUAUCCAGGUUGGAUAUAGACUUCUACACCGCAAACGCCCAUCUCAACCCCGCCUGUGUCUUCCAACCAACCACGCCUGAACAGCUGGCAGAAGGCAUCAAAACCCUCGUCAAAGAUGAGACGCUGUUUGCCUUCCGUGGUGGUGGCCACAUGCCCAUUCCGGGAUACAACAACAUCAACUCGACCGGCGUGUUGAUCACCAGUGCUGGAUUGAAUCAGCUUGAGAUUGGCCCUGACAACGCUACAGUCAAUGUCGGUCCUGGGAAUGUGUGGACUGACGUAUACAAAUACCUCGAACCAUACGGCAAGUCUGUCGUCGGCGGUCGACUGGGUGUUGUUGGUGUGCCUGGAUACAUCAUCGGCGGUGGUGUAUCUUUCUUUGGCAAUGAGUAUGGAUGGGCCUCUGCCAUGGUCAACAGUUUUACAGCCGUCCUGGCCGACGGAUCCAUCGUCAAAGCCACUGCCCACAACGAAUACUCCGACCUCUUCUGGGCUCUCCGCGGCGGCGGCAAUGCCUUUGCCCUCGUCACCAACUUUGAGAUCCGCACCGUCCCCUCCGCCAAAGUCAUGGUGGGCAUGGCCACCUUCUCCGACGAAGUGACCUCGACGCAGUUCCUCGACGGCCUCUACGAAUUCGGCAUCAACGGCUCCAACGACCCCAAAGCCGCUGCCAUCCCUCUCGUCGAGUACAUCUCCGGCGCCGACAAACCCACCUACACCUCCUUCCUCUUCUACAACGGCGACGACGAAGACCCCGCCGCCCUGAAAGGCCUCAGCUCUCUCCCCACCAGCAAAAAUACCUUCCAGCACCGCUCCAUGUACCAAUGGUCGACGGAGAUGGACUCGGAGGUGAAACUCGCCUACAACCUCAAGCAGCGCUUCUGGGUCCUCCCCACCUACGUCAACCGCACCGCCAUCUCCAUCAUCCACGAUACCUUUACCGAGGCAACGAAAAACUUCGACCCAGGACUGGGCUUCUACAUCCUCGGACUGGCCAUCAUGCCCGUUCCCAAGACCUUCUUCUCAGCCUCGCAGGUCAACGGCGGCGAUCCCCAGGCCAUCGACCCCAACAGCGGGCCUCAUAUCUGGGUGGAGGAGAGUUUCAGUUACCUCGGUAGCUGGAAGGACUCGGACGUGGAUGACUUUUAUCAAAAGGUGAAUGCGAACAUCACGACUCAGCUCAAGGAGGCGGGCAUUCCCGAGAAUGAGUUCUUCUAUCUGAAUGAUGCGAACAAGUUGCAGACGGAUGAUGUGUGGGCGGGAUAUCCCAAGGAAAGCGUGGAGAGGCUGCAGAAGAUUAGGAGCAAAUAUGAUCCUGACAAUGUGUAUACGGAGUUGUUGCCGGGUGGGUGGAAGGUGACGGAUGCGAACUGA